GUGAACGAGUACAACCGACUGAAGGUGGAGGCGCAGAAACAGUCGGCCAGGUUCCUGCAGGAGUUGGACUCGAUCAACCGCGAGCAGAAGGCCGAGCAGGACAAUUUACCGAGGCCCGCAUCGGUCCGACCUGGCCAACACCAUCAAGCAGAAGAGCACGAGAAGGCUGAGGCCGCCAAGCGAGUCGACAAGCUCAACGAGCAUAUCAGAACAAGCGAACGAGCACUGGAAGAGCAGAAGGCCCUUCACCACGAGCUGCAGUCCUAUGUGGGCUCCUCAAAGGAGCGCAUCAAGGAACUCAACACCGAACUGGAAACUGUGCAACAGCAACUGGGUGACGCCAAAGUCGACAAACACGAGGACUCGCGUCGCAAGAAGAAGCAGGAAAUCGUGGAGAACUUCAAGCGAUUGCACCCGGGCGUCUACGAUCGCCUCAUCAACAUGUGUCAGCCGAUUCACAAACGGUUCAACGUGGCCAUCACCAAAGUGCUCGGCAAGUACAUGGAGGCAAUCGUGGUCGACACUGAGAAGACGGCACGCAUGUGCAUCAAUUAUCUCAAGGAGCAUAUGCUGGAUCCGGAGACCUUCCUGCCGUUGGAUUAUAUUCAGACCAAGCCGCUGAAGGAGCGCUUGAGAAACAUAAAGGAGCCGAAGAACGUGAAACUACUGUACGACGUGCUGAACUACUCCCCGCCCGAGAUCAAGCGAGUCAUUCUGUUCGCCACCAACAACGCACUGGUCUGCGACACGCCCGAGGACGCCAUGAAAGUCGCUUACGAAAUGGACGGCCAGAACAGAUACGAUGUGAGUAGGUUUCAAGAACUGAUAGAUGACUUGAAUGAAGAAUUGAGAGAGUUGGUUAAAAAGUCGCGCAAGGAAUCUGAACUGAAUACUAUCGAUUCUCAAAUUCGAGGCUUGGAUCAAAGACUGAAGUACUCGAAAAAUGACUUGGAAAAAACG